GCAAGUGGCUGAGACUAAGGACUGCAAUUCCAUCCAGCCUCGGUCAUCCGCUCAGAGCUCACACGGACGACGAGCUCGGGGGCCGCUUGCACAUUCGCCCCCACCCCUCCCCGUCACCACUACACGCACACAAAACCCACAAAAAUGCUCAAGUACGUGGGACAACAACGACAGAACGACGAGCUGAAAACCCGGCAGCUAGUUUUGGAGCGCGGUGCGUUCAUGGACCCGCGGGAUUCGGGAGACGCGUUCGGCCGCUCGCUCGGCGACGCGUCCCACGGCGAGCUUUCCGCCAUGGACACGUUCAUGAAGAACGUCCAAGUGUUGCUGGACGCCGCGCACUACAUCGACAGCGUGGAUAAGAGCAGCGGAAAAUGUGAGCAUGGUUAUGCUUCGACGUACCAUGCCAAUGAGGCGGCGCAUCCACAGAAACAUCGUAAAUUCAACAAGAACAGGAAACUGGACAAUACUCACAAUAGGUCAGCCCACAAUGAACUGGAAAAAAAUAGACGAGCACAUCUCCGCCUGUGCUUGGAAAGAUUGAAGUCGCUCAUCCCUCUGGGACCAGACUGCAGUCGGCACACCACGCUGGGACUCCUCAACAAGGCCAAAGUGCACAUCAAGAAACUGGAGGAGAUGGACCGGAGGAGUCAGCACCAGCUGGAUACCCUGGAGCGGGAGCAGCGGUACCUGCAGAGGCAGCUGGCCCAGCUGCAGACGCUCGGCGAGAGGGACCGCGUCCGCACGGACAGCCUGGCCUCGCCCACGGACUCUGAGCGCUCCGAAUCGGACCGAGAGGAGAUCGAAGUGGACGUGGAGUGCACCGACUUCUCCCUCGGCGACAUCGACAGCGUGAGUAGCGGCGGCGCCAGCGACCUCGACGACCAGAGCAGCCGGCAGAGCUCGGCCAGCGACGAGGGCUACUCCACCGGCAGCCUCAAAGUGGCCUUCUCGGCUUGAGGCCCUCCGCACUGUGAUCCCCCGGACUCCGACCCAACCCCCCCUUCCUCCCAACACCACUAUCUUAUGGCUUUAACCAAGGGUGGGGAACCUACGGCACGCAGGGCAGCAUACAAUCCGGCCCGCCAUUCCAAUUUGGGAAGAAAAAAUGUAAAAUAAAUCAAAAGUGAGCGGAACAGUUAGAAUAACCCCCCCCCCCCCCCCACCCCAAUCGAUUUUCUAUCCCAUUUUUCAUCAUUAGGGUUGCCGAAUCCAAUCUAAGAUGACUGUGGUCGUGACAGCAAUACACAAAUAAUGCAAAACAUAAUGAUGGUUUUUUUACCAUCUGGAAGAGCACUGGAAAGUUCGAAGUGAUGCAAUUGGAAGUAUGAGUGGAAAUCAGUGACAGAAGUCGUUUGCGCCGACAAUUUGGGGAAAGCCGGCAACCCUGUUAAAAUCCAUGCUUUGUUUUAUUGGACUUGAUCCGAGUGCGUAACCGUUAGAUUCAUGCGCCCAUCCUGCGUCACGUUGCGUCGAAAACGUCGGAAAUGAUCCAGAUGCAUGGCAAAAGUCAGCCCUUUGAUCAGUUUUUAUAUUGUGGUUGUUUUUGGCAUUUCCAAAUCAUUAACCGAACUGGAAAGUUCCUCUCUGCUGCCUCACGUUCUGCCUGCGCCUUUCAGACACGCUAUUUACAGUUUUAGAAAUGACAUGAAUUUACAUACUCUCCUGAAGUACACGGUAAUUUACCGCAAUACCGCUCAAGUUCACGCCUGUUUUUUUUUGCCAAGCGUGAAUAAACCAAGAACUCAAAAUGGCCCCUCGAUCGGGGGGAAAAGGUUCCCCACCCGACUUUUAACAAAUCACCAGCCUACAGCUCCUCGACCAUCCCCCCCCCCACCCCCCACCCCCACUCCUCCCCACAUCCACUUAAGAACCAGCCUUAAGCUCGACUCCAACCUAAACCUGAAUGUUGUUGUCCCGUGAUCAGCCACAAUCAAAGAAAAGCACGAAGGGCGGGUAAGUCGACCUCUUCGACGAAUCAAAUCGAUCCUCUUACAAACCAGCAAAAAAAAAAAAAAAAAGAUGGCCACAAAUACCAGCUUGAUGUUUGUUUGUUCUAUUUGCCUUGUAAACAAACAAAAAAAACCAAACAAACCAACAAAAAAAAUGCCCUUUUUUUCUUUGUGGACGGGUUGCGACGUUUGCAUUCCAAAAACGUGUUUUUCGACACAAAAUCUGCUUUUUCGUCGUCGGAGCCGCAGGCAUCAAAUCUCUACACUUGAUAGUUGUUCUAAUUUAUUUUGCAUAGUAUUUAUUUUCUUUGCUAUAUUUAAUUGUGCUGCAGCUUUGAAAAUGUAAAAAAAAAAAAGAAAAAACUUGACCCCCCUCCACUUUUUUUUUUUUUUUUUUUGCAUUUAGCGUCAGAACCUGUUGUAUUUUAUUCCCCGUUUAGAAAGUAAUAAGCUAUCCAGUACUUCUCCAAGCACAAGGCGAAACGAAAAAGCAAUAACGCAUCUAUUUAUUUUUUUAACAUUGCUUUUGUCCGUCCAUAAGCUAAUAAUAAGUGUCCAAACUUGCAAGACUAGUGAUUUCAGUUUUGAAAAAAAAAAAAUAUGUAAAGAUAUCAAAAGCUACAGUGCAUGAGUGUUGAAUGUUGUAACGUGCUUUGGAUAGACAAGGCUUUGAAAAAAAAAAUGUCUGUAGCAUGAACAAAACUACGGACGCGUAUUGCAGCCACACCAAAAAAAAAAAAAGUCGCUAUCAUGUUUUAACGUGAUAUGUUUCACGCUAUAAUAUGGAUGUUUCAUGUUAUAACGGGAUAUUUUUCACAUUAUAAUGUGGUUCGUUACACAUAAGGUGAAUCAUUUGUUAUAACAUAAAAAGUUUCAUAUUAUAAUGUGGAUGUUUCAUAUUAUAACAUAUUUUUCACAUUAUAAAGUGGUGAGUUACACAUAAUGUUAAUCAUUUCAUGUUAUAACAUGAAAAGUUUCUUGUUAUACUGUGGAUGUUUUAUGUUAUCGCACGAUGUUUUUCACAUUAUAAAGUGGUGAGUUACACAUUAUAACAUGAACGUUUUCGCGUUAUAACCUGAUAUUUUUCACAUUUUAAUGUUACACAUAAUGUGAAUCAUUUCAUGUUAUAAUGUGGAAAGUUUCACUUUAUAAUGUGGAUGUUUCAUGUUAUAACAUGAUAUUUUUCACAUAAUGUGGUUAGUUACACAUCAUAAUGUGAAUCAUUUCAUGUUAUAACGUAGUUCAUUUCAUGAUAUAGUGUGAAACUUUCAUGUUAUAACAUGAUAUGCUUCACGUUAUAACAGAAAAUAAUAAACAUAUUUCACCCCUCUCCCCAAAAGACAAUUACCUCCGGUUCUACUACAUGUUCUUGCUCCACGCCAGCUUAAAAGGAUGUGAUUGACCACAGGGUCGCAAUAAGUUAACUCCAACUUUUCAGGUUAUAACGUAGAACUUAUUAGGUUUUACUGCGAUAUGUUAUAAUGUGAUAAAUUAGUACGUUAUAACGUACAUGAAAUGAUUCACAUUAUAACGUGUAAUUAACCACAUUAUAACGUGAAACAUAUCACGUUAGAACAUGAUGGUGAGUUUUUUUGGGGGGUGUGGCAGCAAUACGCUUCCGUACAAAACACUUGAAUUCUUUUUUCUUCUUUUUUUUUCCCGGAACUUCACAUUGAAAACCUUUUGACUGUUUUGAUAUCCGGUGUUGCACUGUUCCAAACCUUCAGCUACCACAAUAAUGAGCAUUUCUAUCCAUUUUUAUCCCCCCGCUAGUGAAUCCAUCAGCACCAAAUUGUGUCUUAACGUGGGUGUAUGACUCUUGCACAAGUCCCCGCUCACCCCACCUACCCAAUGUGUUUGGGAAAUGUAUCAAAAUGCACUAUUGAAAAAAAUAAUAGUAAUAAUUGUGUUUGGGACUUUAUGUCCGAAAGAAUGGAGAGAGAAAAAAAAAAAAAAAGCACAGCCCCGAAGUUUUUGUUUUAAAUGCUUGAUUAGGGAUUUAUUGUGAUUUUAUUUCAUUUUUUGCUCAAAACAUGCUGCUGGUGCCCUGCUGAUACUUUGUUACGGUUCCUGACGACGCUCCCUGGAAUCAUAAUAAACCUCUUCCACCAAGAUGUCAACCAAUCCGUGUAUUUAACUCAAGUCCUUAAGGAGAAUCCAGUAGCAUUGAUUUACCAGUUUCCUCCUCUAAAUCGAUCCAUCCAUUUUCUUUCCCGCUCAUCCUCACGAGGGUCGCGGGGAGUGCUGUUAACGGGCAUGGGGUGGGGUCCACCCUGAACUGGUCACCAGCCAAUCGCAGGGCACAUCGGGACAAACAGCCGCACUCACAAUCACACCGAGGGGCAAUUUAGAGUGUCCAAUUAAUUUUUGGGGUGUGGGAGGAAACCGGAGUGCCCGGAGAAAAGCCACGCAGGCACAGGGAGAACAUCCAAACUCCACACAGGCGGGGCCGGGAUUGAACCCGGGUCCUCCGAACUGUGAGGCCAACGCUUUUCCAACUGAUCCACUGUUCCGCCUCCUUUAAAUUUAGUCACAUAAAAUCAAUUUGAUUGUGUAUUCAUCUGUCAAAUCAUUUCAUUGCCUUAUUUAAAUUAAAAAAAAUAUAUGGUUAGCAUGGCAUAAUUGCCCAAGUCAAACUUGCAUAUUAAUGUGUCAUGCAACAACCUGUGUGAAGUACUACCUACAGAUAUUAAAAAUAAUAAUAAGAAAAGCAAGCACAUUGGUAUUUUGACAUUGAUAGUGGCACAAAUUAAACAUGAUUUGUAGUUAUAUAACAUUACAUUAGCAACAAUAUCUUUCUCAGAUGAAAAAUGAAACAGCAAUAUGCAUGCUAAUGACUGCAUUUUUUUUCUUUAUGGACGUAGAUUCUUUGUCAUGGUAACCCACAAAAGUUAAAUGAAGGAAACUUGACUUUGCUGAACUUGUUCACUUUUUCAUAAAUGAUACUGAUUAAAAUGACUUGUGAUUAUGCUACCAGGGUAAAAAGUAGUAAAAUGUCGAUACAUACACAAUAGAUUGUCAUUAAAUAUUUGUAAAUGAUCAUAAAUCAAUUGAUUUAAACUAUUUCAGUCUUUUUUUUUUUUUAACUUCAUCUACAAUUAAGUUGCCCCAUCUGCUCAAUUUAAAACUCAAACGUGGCCUUGAUAUGGAAGCAAAUGUGUGCCACCAGGAUUGGAAUUAAAAAUGCCACUGAAAAUUUUAUGUUGUAAAAUCAAGUUAUUUCAAAGUGAUCACCUAUUCAAUAGAUGCAUUUCAGUUUCUUUUGCUGUCACAUGACUAAGUAAGCGUAACUGGAUUGGCCUGGUGUUGGGUUCUGACCUGAAGUAACCCUGCCUUCUUAACACUGAAUUUAGACGGUGAAUUUUAAUAUUUACGUACUUCCAUACCUUGAGCACGAAAGUAAAUUCUGGUUUGCACUCUUGAGUAUUAUUCCAAGUACAGUUGUGCAUUCUUAAUUGUCAUGUAAAAAGUUAACCACUGGUUAUUACAACAAAAAUAAAGCAGAUGGCAGAUGUCAUGAGACAAAACUAAUAUUAAUCGUCAGUAUGUUCGUGUUUACUGUUGACAUCUUUCAAUACCAAUAACAAGGCUCACCGACUCGAGGUUCCAACUCGGCCGGUCGCUUUCCCAAUGACGAGCAGGCAGUCGUUUGUAAAACUCAAACUGAUGUUUAUUUAACUUUUAUAAAUACAGAAUUCGGAAGCGGAAAAAAAAGCUAAUUUGGGCCGUCGGCCGUUACGAACGUUCUCACUCUCAGAAAUAAUAAUAAUAAAAAAAAAAAAAUCAUAAAAAAUAAUGCAGCCUCGCCAAUUCUCCUAAGUGUUGAACUCGAUCCACGGCGCGAUGGGCAUUUGGCCUGUGUGCGGAAUUAGGGCACACGCUGCUAACUUGGGUGUCGGUGCGAGACAGG